UGUCAUCCUACCAAAACUUUGUCAUCCUAAACUUCGUAGUUAUCCUUUUUCCAAGACCGAUCUACUCUCACUUCAAUCACUCUAGUUUCUUCUUCCUUUUCUCAUCUUUUUCUCGGGGACUUUGCCUCUAGUUCCUCUGCUUUGCGCUACACGGCGGCCAAAAGGGAAGGGAAAAAGGGAAGAUGAUCAUCAAAAGUACAGCUGAUCUCGUGAAAGACGAGCUCCCAAUCGAGCAGGAAGCGAUGGUGAUUCCAGAGGACGGAGGAGCUGUCUCCGGUCUGGUACUUGUGGACAUCAUCAACGGAUUCUGCACUGUUGGAGCCGGGAAUUUGGCUCCAACGGAGCCGAAUACGCAGAUCACCGAAAUGAUUAAGGAAUCAGAGAGCAUGGCAAGGCUAUUCUGUGAGAAGAAGCUCCCUGUCAUGGUUUUCCUUGAUUCCCAUCACCCUGGAAAGCCUGAAAACCCAUACCCUCCUCACUGUCUUGUGGGCACCCCUGAAUCCAACUUGGUUCCCGCUUUAGAGUGGCUGGACAAGGAACCAAACGUGACAAUCAGAAGGAAGGACUGCUUCGAUGGGUUCUUGGGAUCAAUACAGGAAGAUGGGUCCAACGUUUUUGUCGACUGGGUUGCCAAGAAUGCCAUCACAAGUGUAAAAAUUAUCGAUCUUUCACCUCUCUAUGAAUAGAUAGAAUAGUAUCCACUAAUUGAAUCAGAUCGUUUGAGCCGUUAGUCUCAUUGCUGUUGCUAUUCACGAAUGAAAUGCUACACAGAUAGUGGUGGCUGGGGUGUGCACAGACAUAUGCGUGCUGGACUUCGUCUGCUCGACGCUAUCAGCCAGAAACCUGGGAUUUCUGAAACCUCUGGAAAAUAUAUAUUUGUCUAGUAAAUAAACCGUUUUUAUACUACUGUUACUUAGUUCUGCCACGUGAAAAGAAGAAAAAAUGUAUAAAUUAUUAAAAUUUCAAGCAAAUAACUGAAACAAAA